AUGCGGGAUGCCGCAGUCCAUAUGCAACAGCUGGAAGACACAGAGGCAGUGUCCGUACAGGGGAUUUUUGAUCCCGACAGUGGCAAUGAUGAUGUAUGGGUGUCACAGCAGCUGAGGGAGUUCAAUGUGAAUGCAGAUGAUCAGGAGGCGGUGAUUGAAUUUUUGAGACAGAAGGUUGAGGGGCAGGGCAUCGAGCACAACCAGCUGAUGGAGAUGUUUUGUUGGCUGCGAGGGAUAUAUCAGGAGGCAGAGAGGGGGAAGAUCGAGUCAGAGGUCAAACCCGUUGGACCCAAACCGAUUGGACGUCGAAGCCGUUGGACGUCAAACCCGUCCCAGGAGGGAAUUAACCCGUUGGGAGUUGAACACACUGGACCCAAACCCGUUGGAAGUCAAACCCGUUGGACGUCAAACCCGUCCCGGGAGCCCAUUAACCCAUUGGACCCGAACCCGUUGGAUGAACCCAUCAACCCGUUGGACGUCGAACCCCGUUGGAUGAGGAAGUCGAACACGGUGGACACAAACCCCGUUGGAUGUCAAACCCGUCCCAGGAGCGCAUUAACCCGUUGGGAGUUGAACACACUGGACCCAAACCCGUUGGAAGUCAAACCCGUUGGACGUCGAACCCUCUCCAUGAAGCGCCGUAGCCCUCUGGGAGUCACCAGCGCUUGA